AUGGAUGAAUAUGUGCCUUGUAUCUAAUAUCUACCUAGUGGUGAGCCGGCUCUCUGCAGGCGAUACUCGCCUCCAUGUCUAAUCAAAUAUCUCGCAGUCUCUCGGCUAACAUAGAUUUGUGCCAAUACUAUUUUUGAAAAUCUAUUGGUGAAUUCUGUAAUCCGUCAUAAUGGUUGUAUGGAACCGUUGCUCUCACUUCAACUUGAAACAAUUUAGUUGUUUAAGUGUUUUGCAUUCUGCACGGAUUAUGAAAUAACGCGUUUAUUAUUUCACCUUGUCUAAAUAAAUUGCAAACAAUUAGAAAGAAAUUAGCAGCAAUACGUAAUAGGAAAAUUGCCGAGUAUUCCGCGUAUUAAGAGCAUAAUGUUCAGUAAAUGGUUUCUAAUGACAUAUAAUGCAGAACUGAGGAAUAAUGUUCUGGAAAAUAUAUCAUACGUAAAAGAUUUGAUGUGGAAAUAUUAGUUACUUACAGCUAAAAGUGUCAAAAGGCCAUACGUCAUGGUAUAAUUAUUUGUCAUUUUGAAUUAUAGGUGAUACUUUUCCGUCUGGAAAAUGACUUUUCUGCUGCGGUCUGGUAUUAAAAGAAACAAUAUGACGUUCAGUAUUAUGUUUGUUAUAAUUAUUCAGUUAUUGAUGGUCCUUCAAUGUAUGGGAAAUCGAAAGCUGGUGGAAUUUAAGACAAGAAAAGACUUUCUGGAUUUCAUAACAAAAGAUGAAGGGGAUCUGGCAAACAAUGUUCCUCCAGACUACGAUAAUGAUGUUCCUACCGUCAUAAAAUGUGAACUACAUGUUGAAAACUUCGAUUCAAUUGACGAAGCAAAUAUGGACUUUACAGCAACUAUUCUAUUACAUCUUAGUUGGCAUGAUCACCGAUUUAGUAAAUAUGAAAUUAAGUCAAUCGAUGAAGGAUAUGUCGAAAUCGAUGCGAAGAAUCUAGAAAAACUUUGGGUUCCUGACAUCUAUUUUCCAAACGAGAAAAGGGCAUAUUACCAUAAUGUGCUAAUGGCAAAUAAAAUGCUUCGAAUAUACAAAGGCGGUGAUGUCACUUACUCAACCAGGUUAUCCCUCACACUAAGCUGUCCCAUGGACUUUCGAAAUUACCCGUUUGAUAAACAGAGAUGCCAGAUACUUGUUGAAAGUUUUUCAUAUAAUGAUGGUAACAUACUAUUGAACUGGGCAUACUCUAACUCUUCAAACGAGGGUUCGGGAGGCCCGGUUCAUCUGGACGAAAGCACUAAGCAGAUGCCACAGUUCGAAGUACUUGAUAUAGAAACAGCAGAAUUAAAAAAUGAGAGAAGAGAUCUUGGAAACCACAGUCGUCUUGCUGUAGAAUUCAUACUUGCCAGAAACAUUGGAUAUUACCUCGUGCAGAUGUACAUUCCCAGCGUUCUAGUUGUUAUGUUGUCAUGGAUUUCUUUCUGGCUAAAUGUGAAUGCUGUUCCAGGACGAAUUUCCCUUGGUGUUUUAACUGUGCUCACCAUGACAACACAGAGUUCCGGUGUAAAUGCUUCUCUUCCGCACGUGUCCUACACGAAAGCAAUAGAUAUAUGGAUGGUUACGUGCUUGAUGUUUGUAUUCUUUGCUCUAAUAGAGUUUGCGGUUGCAAAUGUUCUGAUGAGAAAAGACACGAAUAAAGGUUAUAAGUUCAAAAAUAUAUUCAGCAUUCCAAGGAGCGAUACUCAGAAGGAAAAGGUUAACGACGAGUACAGAGACGCCGAAAAUGGUGGUGGGGAAACAAGUAAAAAGAAAAAGAAACUGAGCAAUGGUGUACGUUAUGCCAUGUACUGUGAUGUGGGAUCAAGAAUCAUGUUUCCUGUGCUGUUUUCAAUAUUCAAUAUUGUUUACUGGAGCUACUUUCUUGUACAACUUAACCGUGAAAUGUAAGAAAUGUGUUUUAAACGGUAGCAAAGUGAAUUUUGAUGCAAAAAUAUAAAACAAACAUUCUAGCGAGACUACAACAUGGUAAGGUUGCUUUACAGAACAUUACGUUAUACAAUGUGUAAUGGAAAAUACUGCUUUAUAUACAGUCAAACUUGAAUAUUGAACUACUUCUCCACAUGAUCUUCAUUUACAGGUUGAAUAUACUGCAAACGUUUGAAGUGGUAAAUGAUAAUUGUUCUUUCGAGCCUUUUUGUGUCUGUAAAGAGGUGGUCUGUAGCACAUAUUUGACUUGUAAAUGAUAGCAUUAUAAAACGUAUAAUAUUUUGCUAAGUCGUUUGAAUGUUUAAACAGUAAUGAAAGUGUUUUUGUCAUAAAUUGUAUCAUCUGAAAGAGCAGAUUAUUAAUACCUUUUAUAGCUCAAUUUAGUUUCAUCGUCGGACACCCAGAUUGGACCACUUGCGUUUCACGGCAUUCGUCAAACGUGGGUUAAUUUGGAACCUUCCUGUCAUCGUACAGAAAAGAAGUGCAGUAAAAGACACAAUCAACGCAUUUCAUUAAUAUUGUAAUGCCGUUGAAAAAUCAUAAAAUUAUUUGAAAUUCAGUAAGACACAUUUGCAAUUGCAAAUGACCCAGGCGAUGUGCGGCCCGCAUCGAGAUAAAUGUUCGUCGCUGUUAAAAAACUUGUCCCGUCAUAAAGUUGGAACAAAUUGCAUUUUAAAUUAUAUACAUCUAUACUGUUUUACACAAGAAAUUAAACCGUCAGUGCAUUGAAUAUCUAGACCAACAAUAAAUUUCAGAUUAUCUCAUUGAUUUCAUCCCAUAUUGAGUUCCAUUAAAAACUUUUCAUAUUUUCAGACGUUUUUCUGGCGCGUAUAAGUUAUAUAUCAAAGGAAGGAAGUUUCUAAAUGAAGGAUAGGCGAUGCAUUGUACAAAAAUAUCAUGCUAUCUUGCAAAGAAUUCAGUCUCGUACAAAAGCUACAUAUAUUUAUUGCAUAUACAUAUGGAUGAUGCAUUAUUAAAUAAAUAUUCAAAACUUAAAAGUGACCAUACAGAAAUGUUGUUGAGCGUACGCCUUGCCCCUCCCCAUCCCCCACCCGAUUCAUUAUACUUCAGUGGAGGGUCCCUAACCAACGCAAUAAUUAAUAAUAUAAUUUAAUCAGUAGUAAUCAAACACUACCAUGCAGGGUCUCAAAAUGCGCUAUACUUACGCCAUAAUGUGUACACCAUUAGAAAAUAAGGUGUACAAAUAUCUUUUUAAAGAAUGAGCUGGCUGAAAAUUAUAUCUAAGCGAUUAAUCGUUUGAAAUUGAUUCAUUUUGACAUAUUAAAACUAAAAACCCACAGGUGAUGAAUGGGGUGCAGCUUGAGGGUGUUUGACGAUGCUUCUAUUUACAGCUAACUAUUUCAAAUUCUUAAAGGGUAUUACUUAUAAAAUUUUAUUAGUAUUUUAUAUUAACGAAUAGUGUAUGUCAACGUAUUUACCAAAUAGUACCAUCAGGUAUAAAUAUUUAUACUGCUUUUUUACUGGCUGUUUGCACUAUUUUUAUUUUACUAUUGCACGAUUGAAAAUUAAUGUAUUGCGUAAUAAAAUUUGGCUGUUUUCGGCAAGAAGUGUUAAUUUUACAUUAUAAACAAAUAUUGAUAAUAAAACAUGUUAGUAUUUGAUUAAAGUGAAUGGUAUUUGGUUACACUGAAUAUAAUACGAUGUCAUUUUGUAUGUUUUCAUGAGUCUAAAAUGAAUUCUUUUCUAUACAUGUUUCUUUCAUUUGUAUCAAGUUCGUUGAAUAAAAAAGAUUAAUGUAUUUAUAUUGAUAAGAUACAAAUAAGAGAUAUAACUGGUAAACUGAUGUUGUUUGUAACAUUAUUUACAAUUUAUUGAAAAUUGUUAAUUUCCAUACGACAACAACGAAUGAGAUGGUAAAGUUUGAGCAUCAAAAUGUACAUACUGUAAUAUUACAAAUGUGUAAGUCCUAUCCAUUUCUACGUAUAUAUUGUAAGUGUACUUAUAUUAGCGCAGCUAAAUUUUAGCGUGAGUAGUUUCGACUAAUUAGCGCGUACUUGUAUUGGCGCAGUAUCAGCAGCUCUAAAAUAACUAAUUGGCGGUAUCUGAAACACCAAUUUCCGAUGAAAUACGGAAUGGCCCGAAACUUCAUUCAACUUUAUUUACAAAAAUAGAUCACUUUUGCACUAAUGUUCAAACAUGUUUAAUUAUUCUAUUCAGAACUUUCUGCAGAAUAUUAGUUAGGAAUGCAGUCAUUGUCAUAUUUACACAAUAAAUAUGUAUUUCUCUGUGUUCUGUUGCAUUGUACGGUAUUUUCAAUACGAUAAAUAUUACUUUCUUAUUAGGAAAGCCUUUCAUUUCAGUCAAAUAUAUUAGGGCAAGACAUUAUAGUGCAUGCCCGAUCACGCUACUAGCGCGAAAAUGAUGCUCCGCUAAUAUUAAUACACUUACAGUACUAAAACUUGUUUUGUAUUUUAAAAACUAAGUGGCAAUGGAUAAAUCUCUAAUUGACUGCCGUUGUAUGUUUUGUUUAAACGAAAUGUGAAACUGUAAAUGUAAAUCUAUUCUUACAUCACGGAUGCAUAUGCUACGUUACUUUAAGAAGCAUUUGUGUGUUUUCAAGUUUCUGUGAUUUCAAAGGAGCAAUUGUUAAAAUAACGUGUAGUUUCUGUCUGUUAUAUACAAGUUACUUCACGUAUUUAUGUUGAUUGUUUGUUUUUAAAUUUCCUUUGUUUAUAUCAAUAUAAUUGAUAGCAUUACUGUUUAUAAUGUUUACAUUUGUUACAUUAGUUAAUUGUUAUAUAUGUUUGUAUGACAGUAUAAAGUAUGUGUAAUGCAUAAUCAUGCCUUAGAAUACUUUAGUAAUUCACUUAGAAUACUUUAGUAAUUCAGGAGAAUAUAUCUGCUAAGGUUACACGAACUAUCAUGUUACUGAAUAUUUAUUUGCUCAUUUAUAAUGAAUUUAUAAGUACAGCUGCCUUUAUUUUUGUCCAUUAUGACUUAUUGUCGUAUGACCAACUUAUUAUGAAUAUGUCAUGAAAAGCUUUUAUUUCGGUGUAACGUGUACACCCAUUAAAUUGUGAAUAGAUCGUGAAAAGUGUUUAUAUUAUGUGGUAUUUACACUCAUUUAAUCAUGAAUAGUUCAGGAGAAGUUGUAUAUGCUGUGUUAGAUGUUAACCCAUUAAAUCAUGAAUAGGUCAUGAAUAGGUCAUGAUCUGUGUAAUUCUGUGUAUAAAUCAUAAUUAUGUCAUUACAAGAUACCGAUUGUGUAUUACAUUUUCUUCCAUUAAACCAUGAAUAAGUCAUAUGAAUGCAUUAGUAAGACUUGAAAUCUACAUGUUCACUCAUUAAAGCAUGAAUAUGUCAGGACGGUUUAAAUGUUUUAUAGAUGCAGCACUUUGUAUAUCUUUAUGCACUACAAAUGUUUCAAAUGUGUCGAAUGCGUCAUUGAGGUUUUCCAUUCGGAUGGUUUUCAACAGUAUGUGUGUCUAUGUUUUUAAAUCAACCAUAUCAGGAAAACUUUUGACAUGUAUGUUAAGAGUAGAUAGUGUAAUAAAUCGUGAUAUUUCAUGUGUUGUCCGAUAGCUUCACAUUUGUUCUUAGGAUUUUAUUUUUAAGCAUAGCUGGGGCAACUCGGCUGUUAAGUUAGUAUUUAAAAUGUGUCGUAUCUUGCAGAAGCUUGGUGAAGACUUUCAAUUCGUAAAGCAAUGUUCUGUAUUAUGUAUGAUCAUUCUAACAACUACAUUUCAUACGUAAUGCGAGUAAAACUAUCAUAGACAUUCCUAGAGGCUCUGGUUGGGCGAUUAUAAACAUUCUCUGCCUAGGAGUUAGUAAAUGUACAUCUUAUUAAUGAGUGAAAUGUCUGAGAGGAUACAUUGUCAUACAUGCAUGUGAAGCAUAUUAAUGUAACGAAAUGACAAUUGUUUGUGAUAUUUAAUUCAAUCAUAUUUCUGUCAUCUAAAUAUGCAAAAGUAGACGCCAACUUAUUUCUAUCAAAUGCUAAAGCUUUGAACAGGAUAUCGGUCAAAUAUUAUAUACAUUUUUUCAACAUUUCAAAGUAAACUGAUUUUACAGCCGGGACACCAUUUAGAAAUCUGGACCUACACUUGUUUCAAUUUCUGUUGUUGUUUUUUGUUUUCUAGAAAAUUAGGCACUUUUAUUUCGAGCGUCUAUAGUGAGAUUACCUAAAGCUUUAGCUAGUCGCAUUCGAAGGACCAGCUGCAGCUUCAGCAUUCUCCUUGUUUGUACUGAAUAUGUACAAAAAUCACAUAGGAAUUAAAUGCAAUUUAUAUGUGUUGAACCACAUUUAAUCUUAGACUAGAACGUUUGGCAAAGCAAUGACUCGCGCUAGCAAUUUUUUGAUUAUACAAGAACUUCAAAUUGUGUUUUGUACCUGUCUCAACGCGUAGAAUAGCAAUAAGUCCUUAUAUUUACAUUUUACAGUUGCUUCCUACAAAAAUAAGAGGUUUGCCGUUUUCAAAAAAUAUUAAUGUCGGAAUAUCGAUCAUUUUAUUGAAUAACAUCUAAACAUUUUUCCUAAGUUUUAUUUUAAAUUUCCUUACAGUCAUAUAAAUCCAGGAAAAAAUUAUAUAAUCGUGUCGAUUCAGUUUUGAUUUUUAUCGUCAGAAAAAUAUAGUUAAUGUUCUUUUAGAAACUUUAGUGACAAAUUUUGAAAAAUUGUUUCGAACGACGCCACUUAUUCAUGUUUUUAUGAAUGACGUCAGAUCAUGUGCAAUCCCGCGGAAAAUACACUCUAGACUUCGACGAAAAUAAACGCCUUUUUUCCUUUCUUUACGAAGAAUACAGUGAAAGUAAAUAUACAACAUGAACGCGGAUUACAAGUUUACUGGAGUAGAGAAGGUCUUGACGUUAUUUUGUGAGUGAAUACAAUGCUGAAACUGUAAUAAUAUGCGUUAAAUAAAAUUUCCCGUUCGAUCAAAUGUUAAUACCUUUACCAUCAAUAACAUCUACAUUUUAAUAACUGCGAUAAGCUUGAACGAUGCCAACGAUGAAAUGCUACGCAAACCGGUCCUCCAAUCAAGAUUAUAGCGUUAUUAAUUGCUGAAUGAUAGCUUUCAUAUUAAAUCAGUUAAUGAAUAGACAUUCCUUGCCCUUUAGAUGGUAGAGAUAUUUGAGUUCAUAUUAAGAAAAUAAUACUUAUUCAUCACCAUCGUCUUCCAUGUUAUUCCACAUAAUGUUAGUGAUAACUGCUGCUGCUAGACUGAGUAAUAGGUAUUUGUGCAAUAGUUUGAAACAAUUCGUUUCAACAAAGCAUGAAUAUUAAGCACAUUACGAAAGUACGUAGGCCGACAAAUAAAUAAACUUCAUUGUUUAUAAUGUAACACAUGCAAUUUUGGUUACGAUGAUGUAGAUAUUUUGCUCUUAUAUUCUCCAGACAAAAUAUGAUUUACAGCGCAACAAUGUUUUGUAUAUUGAAUAAAAAAAUAGACACAUUGCGUAUUACAUUUGACUGAAUGUUUAAGACAAUUGAUAAAAAUGACAUUUUCAUUAAUUUACUAUAUAUUCAUGCCCAUUUAAGGACAGAAAGAGAAUAGUGUUGUGCCAAAGAUAGUACAGCUUUUAUUCUUAGAAAAAUAUGUGUUCCUAGGCAACAUCAUUAUAGUUUCAAACACUAUUUUCUAAAACACGUUUGUAUGUUGAGAUAAACAUUCAAACGAUAGGAAAGCAACAGGUUAUUUGAAGCUUUUAAUAGACUUAAGUGUUUUUGAGCUACAGGACUAUAUUUCCUAUUCCUUAACAGCUAUGUGUUGGAAUACAAAUAGUAAUUUUAAAAAUUCUCAUAUAUUGUAAUACUUUAUGGAUGCUAAUAGUGAUCAUAAUAAAUAAGAAAAGAAUCA